GGGCGAGUAAAACGCCCAGGGGCGUGGCGUGGGCGGGGCCUGACGUCAGAACCAAUCACGUCCGGUCAAAGCCCAGCCCGCCCCCGCCGGUGUCCCAUUGGCUUCAUGUUCCGGGUCUGAUGACAGGGAGUGUUCUGGUUGUUCAGGGUGCAUUCUGUCCCCCCGAGGGCAGCCUCCGAGGGCAAGCCAGCGUUCUGCCUCGGGAGAGAAGACGGGAGACCGUGGCCCCGGUCCGGCCUGCAGCCAGAGGCGAUGAUGGCCCGUGAGGCCCCGAGACCCCCAUCCCAGGAGUCAGUGACGUUCAGGGACGUGGCUGUGAGCUUCACCCUGGAGGAGUGGGGCCUGUUGGAGCCUUCUCAGAAAGAGCUGUACCGGGAGGUCAUGCUGGAGAACGCCCAGAACGUGCUCUGCGCGGAUUCAGAGACCAUGUUUGGAGUGAAUGAAACAAAUACAAAACUUAGGGUUUUUGUGGAAGAAUUUGGACAGCAGAAAUUUGUGAGUGAUGGUUCCUGUGACUUCAUUUUGAGAGAAAUCAAUGACUCUAAUAUUAAGGUAGAUAAAAAUUCAAAGAGUGACUGGGAAUUUGACAAAACUGGAAAGAGAUUCAGACAGUAUUCAGUCUUAAAUCAGUGUAAGAAAAUGUUUUCAAGGAUUGACUAUUUUCAGGAUAGUGAAUAUAGUAAAAGCUUUUCUGAUCAGGUAGAGUUUCUUCAGUCCUGUGAGAAGACUCCUGAAAUGGACAUGUAUCAAGGUAAUCUAGGGGAAAUGGCCUUUAUCUGGAAUUCAGAACUCAUUGGACGUCAAAAAAGUUAUACUAGAGAAAUGCUUUCUGCAAGUAAUAAAGGUGAGAAAGCCUUAAAUCAAAACUCUAAGCUCAUUUCUUACGAGAAAAUUCACAUCAAAAAGGAGCCUUUUGGAUAUAAUGAAUGUAGAGGAAUCUUAUUAGAUCACUCAUCUCUUCCUUACCAUCCUAAAUUUCCUACUGGACUGAAAACAUAUGUAUGUAAUCAAUGUCAGAAAGCCUUUUGUUGUAACUCAGAUCUUGUUAUACAUCAGAAGAUUCAUAUGGGAGAGAAGCUUUUUAAGUGUACUAAAUGUGGGAAGGCUUUCUGCUACAAAUCCCUCCUUACUGGCCAUCAGAGAAUCCACACUGGAGAGAAAUCUUAUGAAAGUAAUAAAUGUGGAAAGAUUUUCACAGAGAGCUUCAAACGUGCUGCCUGUCAGCAAAUCCACAUUGGUGAAAAACCCUAUAAAUGUCAUCAAUGUGAAAAGACUUUCACACGGAACUAUACUCUUGCUGAGCAUCUGAAAAUCCACAGAGGAGAGAAAUCUUAUGAAUGUAAACAAUGUGGAAAGGCUUUCAGACACUGCUCUAGUCUUUGUAAACAUUGGAAAAUCCACACAGGAGAGAAACCUCAUGAAUGUAAUCAGUGUGGAAAGGUUUUUGUAGAGAGUUCCAAGCUUAUUAUACAUCAGAGAAUCCACACUGGAGAGAAACCUUAUGAAUGUAAACAAUGUGGAAAGGCUUUCACACAGAGCUCCAGUCUUGCUAAACAUGAGAGAAUUCACACUGGAGAGAAACCUUAUGAAUGUAAUAAUUGUGAAAAGGCUUUCUCAGACAGUUCCACACUUGCUAAGCAUAAGAGAAUCCAUACUGGAGAGAAACCUUAUGAAUGUAAAGAAUGUCGAAAGGCUUUCAGACACUGCUCUAGUCUUCGUAACCACUUGAAAAUCCACAUAGGAAAGAAUCCUCAUGAACGUAAUCAAUGCAAAGAGGUUUUCAUAAAAAGUUCUGAUCUUGCUGCCCAUCAGAUAAUUCACCCUGGAGAAAAUCUUUAUGAGUAUUAUUACAGUGGAAAGGCCUUCACAGAGACCUCCAAACUUGUUAAAAAUCAAAGAAUCCAGACUGGAGAAAAAACUUAUGCAUGUAUACGAUGUAGAAAGGCUUUCAGACAUAGCUCUAGUCUUUGGAACCACCUGAAAAUCCAUACAGGAGAGAAGCCUUAUGAAUGUAAUCUGUGUAAAAAGACUUUCACAGACAGUUCCAUACUUGUUGAACAUCAGAGUAUCCACACUGAAGAGACAGGGAGCUCCAAACUUACUGCCCUUCCUAAAAUCCACAGUGGUGAGAAACUUUAUGAAUGUAAACAAUGUGAAAAGGCUUUCACACGGAGCUACACUCUUGCUGAACAUCUGAAAAUCCAUACAGGAGAGAAACCUUAUGAAUGUAAUCAAUGUGGAAAGGCUUUCAGACACUGCUCCAGUCUUCGUAAACAUCAGAAAAUCCACACAGGAGAGAAACCUUAUGAAUGUAAUCAAUGUGGAAAGGUUUUUGCAGAGAGUUCCAAACUUGUUAUACAUCAGAGAAUCCACACUGGGGAGAAACCUUAUGAAUGUAGUAAUUGUAAAAGAGCCUUCACACAGAGCUCCAGUCUCACAAAACAUGAGAGAAUCCACACUGGAGAGAAACCUUAUGAAUGUAAUAAUUGUGGAAAGGCUUUCACAGACAGUUCCUCACUUGUUAAACAUCAAAGAAUCCACACUGGAGAGAAACCUUAUGAAUGUAAACAGUGUAGAAAAACUUUCAGACAUUGCUCUAGUCUUUGUAACCACAUAAAAAUACAUACAGCAAAGAAACUUUAUGAAUGUAAUCAAUGUAGAAGACUUUCACAGACAGUUCCACAUUUGCUGAGCAUCAGAGAAUCCAUGCUGGAAAGAAAUCUUAUGCAACUAAUCAGUGUGAAAAGGCUUUUACAGAGAGCUCCAAACUUGUUGCCCAUCCAAAAAUUCACACUGGUGAGAAACCUUAUAAAUGUCAUCAGUGUGAAAAGGCUUUUACACAGAGCUAUACUCUUGCUGAACAUAUGAAAAUCCAUACAGGAGAGAAACCUUAUGAAUGUAAUCAAUGUGGAAAGGCUUUCAGACACUGCUCCAGUCUUCGUAAACAUUAGAAAAUCCACACAGGAGAGAAACCAUAUGAAUGUAAUCAAUGUGGAAAGGUUUUUGCAGAGAGUUCCAAACUUGUUAUACAUCAGAGAAUCCACACUGGGGAGAAACCUUAUGAAUGUAGUAAUUGUAAAAGGGCUUUCACACAGAGCUCCAGUCUCACAAAACAUGAGAGAAUCCACAUUGGAGAGAAACCUUAUGUAUGUAAUCAGUGUGGAAAGGCUUUCAGACACUGCUCUAGUCUUCAUAAUCACUUGGAAAUCCACAUAGGAGAGAAACUUAUAAAAGUAAUCAGUAUGGGAAGACUUUCACAGACAGAUCUAAAUUUGCUAUAGGAAGGAAAGAGAGAGAAAUGAGUUGAAAUAUAAGUAAGAAAAGUGUUUUGCAGGAGAAGAUCUAGCUACAUGCCAGGAACCAAAUGACAAUGGAUUUUGGAACAAAGAAAGGGGAUUUGAGAGGACACCAACUGCUCCUGGGCUCUCUUGGCUUCCUGUCUCUGGAGCUGAAGUGAAUUAAGAUAUCUGAUCUCUGUUGUUCCUGUUUGGAAAAAGCUACAGUGAAGUAGAAGUAAAAUGUUCCUAUCUGCUGAGAAGUACUGUCCUUACUGAGAAGAUUAACCUGAAGAAGAUCUGUGUAACAGUGAGCAUGAUCUGAGCAAGAUACAGGGUUGGUGAGGGCCUGAGGCCAAACUCUAGCCUGACCUAGCUGGAUUGAAGUCAGCCAUUAAGAGUUCAAUCCUGAAUAUAUUUGGAGAACUGUUUCAUCUUAUAAACCAAACUGGGAGGAUUAAUUAUAUUCAAGUGUAGAUAGUAAGAUUUGGGGAAUCUUGGCCUGAGAUAGGCCAAGGCUUAGGGAGCAUCAAUAUAAAGAAGCAUUUCCUGUGAAGGAAAUUUAGAAGGGGGAGGCUAGUGAGAUUUUUUUAGAGCUAGGGAACCCCCAUUCCUUAAUCCUUCCUACUCCUUUGUUUAUUAUAAAAUAAAUCCCUGUUUCCUGUUUUCAUUAA